AUGGCUGUAGGAAGGGUACUUUGGAGACUGAUAUGCCGCUUUAGUACUUGGAAUUUUCUUGGAAGAGUGGUGCUAAUAGCUACUGUGGUGGGGAUAACACUAUUCGUUUGGAAAACACCGUGUACGAAUGGACGCGAAUAUCCCACUACCUCAAGAGACGUCAAACCUUUAAACAGUCAGAGAAAGCCUACAACUGAGCCAUUUCAAACAACUUCCCACGAACCAAAAUCUUUACAGAAGCGUCCCUCCAUUUGUCCGGACAGAGAUGUACUUAAAAGUCCCAAAGUAACCAAAUUAGGGAGAUAUCCCUUACAAACACGUUUUCUUGCCAUUGGAAUAGCAUCGGUGGCGAGGCCCGCGGGUGAAAUGUACUUGCUGCAAACUACCCAGAGCUUACUUGACAACACAAGUCAGAGUGACAAGGACAACGUACAAAUUGUAAUCUUUCUUGCCGACUUGGAAAAUGCACCAAGAUCCACCGUAAAAGAAAAGCUUUCUCGAAAGUUCGGCGAACACAUCGAACAGGGACUGCUGACAGUAAUUGAAACAUUUCCCGAAUUUUACCCAGAACUCAUCAAUAUCAAAGAGAAAUAUGGUGACUCAGAGAACAGACGAACGUGGCGCUCUAAGGAGAAUGUCGAUAAUGCAUUUGUAAUGUGUUACUGCAAAGAUUUCAGCCAAUAUUACAUCCAUCUGGAAGACGAUGUAAGAUCUUCUCCAAGCUUUCUCCCUAAACUGAAAAAUUUUAUCCAUGACCAACCGUACCCAAAUUGGGUUAUGUUAGAUGUAGCACAACAAGGUAGUGUUGCAAAACUCUAUCAAUCUCGCGAUUUGGAAAAUGCCGCCAUGUUCUACUACCUUCUGUACGAUGAGAUGCCCAUAGACUGGUUAAUGAAUCAUUGGACAAAAAUAAAAUCCGUAGAAGACGCAGAAUCGUUUAACAAAUUAUUGGCGUCGCUAUUUGAACAUAUUGGUGUUACAUCGACACUGGCUGAGAAAGCUCCCCACGUGGCAAGUGAUUUAGAGACCUUUUUCGACGCAUAUGAUCAAAAGUAUAAAGGGUUGAACCCUCCUGCCAUUGUGACUUCGUCAAUGUCUUCUAUCGAGGGGCAACCACAAGAUGCUUAUGAUAAGGGUGAUGGCUAUUUUUGGGCCGAGAGUUCUGAAAGAGAUGAUUACAUCUUGAUAAAGUUUAACUUGCCUACCUCUGUUCAAAAAGUGUUUGUGGACACGGGUUCUUACAGAGCCAGUGACUGUCUGUUAUAUUCUGGUAUUCUGCAGGCCAGUUUUGAAUCAUCGGUGGAUGGUGAAUUGACAAACGAGGAAGAUUCUUGUGGAUAUUUCAAUACUAUUGGAGCAUUUCACGAGGGAAAAGCAGAGAUUACUCCUGAUGAAUCUAAAGUGGUCACUUGUUUACGAAUUGUAUCAACAGAGGGUCAUGCUAAUCAAAUUUUCUUUCGUGAAAUUGAUGUUUGGGAAUCGCUUACCAACAACAAGGCUGAUGUCUAGGUUCAUUUUCUCAUA